UCUUAAAUAAAGAAAUACUUUGAUGCACAAGAACUUAUUAUAAGGGCGGUUCGACAAGUUGCAUUGAACAAUAAUAAAAUAUUCUUUCAUACAAUGACAUAAUGAAAUAUAAUAAUCAUGCGUAUUAAGUUUCCUUAUGCAUGAUAGUAAAUUUCGCCACUCAGUUCCUUUUAUUAAACGCGGAAGUAGACUCGCCGACAAACGCAGACUUUUAAACGCAGUUCACUGACAGAAGCGCACGAGAUGGGUACUACGGAUAAAUAUUUUUUAAUAAUAUUUCUUCUUCUAGGGAUCGUUGUGACUCUAAGUGUUACAGAAAAAGAAGUAAACAUUAUAGGUCCAUACGAAAACAGUUGUUUGCUUGAAGUAAUUGGAUUUCCGUCAAACUGUACAGAUGUAGAGGGCGACACUGUCAAACACAUGGGAUCCUGUUUUGUAGACGAAAAAUCAAACAGCGGUAAUUGCGAGGUUUUGACUUGCGAACACGGUCACUGGACAGGAACGAGAAACUCUUUGGCUGAUGCACAUCACAGACAAAAGCGGUUUUUUGGAGGAUUUGUUGUGGGACUGGUAGCUGGUUGCAUAUUGUUCUGUAAGUUGAAAUUAGUAUCGGUAUGCACUGUUAAGCGGCGGUGGUGGGGGAGGGGGGGGGUAGGGGGAGGGGGAGGUACCCAGAUUGUGACAAAGUAUCCGCCCUCUUUUCCUUAUCCAUGUAAGCCAGCGGAUGUCCUAGACAAUUAUAAUGUUGCCGCAGGCGAGACCAGCAUUGUUGUCAGUUGGACCAUUCCAGUAGCCACAGACAGGGACGGAGACACUCCAAGUGUUACACAAGUUAGUGGGGGAGUAAAUGGUGGCCGUUUUGACGGGGCAACGUAUGGGAAGACCCACUACGUAACGUAUAAAGCGUCAGAUGAUGACGGUCUAACGGGCCACUGCUACUUCUCUUUUACAGUCACUACAUUGACUUGUGACACCCUGCCUUGGCCUGCCAAUGGCGCUAGAUCGUGUGAAAACUACAUUCUUGGAAGUUCGUGUCAGUACACAUGUAACUCCGGGUACAAGCUAACCGGAAGUGAUACAGUCACGUGUCAGGAUGAAGUAGCCCCAACAUGGUCACCGGCUCCGACAUGUGAAAAAAAAUCUUGCAGUCCCCCCAGCUAUCCGGAUCACAGCACUGUACAGUGUACAGAUUCAAUUUUUGCUUUUCAAACAGUAUGUUCGAUUUUUUGCGACAAUGGAUUUUCCUUAGAAGGUCACUUCUACAUGCAGUGUCAGGCAGACGGUACGUGGUCCAACGCUGGAUCCUCCACUUGCAAGGAUGGAACGCCGCCAACAAUAACAUGUGAAACACCACAAGUCUUCUACGCUGAUCGCGGUAUAACAUCAACAUCAGUAAACUGGCAAGUGCCAACUGCGAUUGACAAAACAGACGCUAGUCCGUCCAUUGUACAAACUGGUGGUCCAACUGCCGGAUCAGUAUUAGAAGUCGGAAAUGAUAUUGUAACAUAUAAAGCAAUUGAUGUUGACGGGAAUGAAUCACCAGAAUGUUUUAUUGAACUUCGUGUUGAAGAAAUAACAUGUGGUCAUCCUUUAGACAGUUUUGAAGACAACUACCUAGUAUUUAACUGUUCAACGUCUCGUUAUAUUUACGGGACAUCAUGUAGACUUUCCUGUACUGCACAUUUGCCGCUAGAGGGCACGGAUCUAGUCACAUGUGAGGACAAUGGCCAAUCAGAAGGAGUAUGGAGCUGGGGGACCGGAGAUAAGCCAUACUGUAGAGCAAUUGCUUGCCCUGACCUGGAUCCACCAAUCAAUGGAGCGCUUGUUUCUGACACGAUACAAACACGUCCUGUGUAUACAAUGAUGUGUAAUGAUGAGUUCGAUAUACCAGACAUGGGAACAAACUUUAACGGCUUGUUUUUUUGCACAGACGAUGGGGAUUGGAUUUCGAUCAACCCAGCCCCGGACUGUAUAGAACCGAGGAAUCCACGAUUUCUUAAUCUGCCGGCGGAGAUAUUUUAUUACGGCGGUGACUGCGGCAGCGAAGCAACAAUGGCAGAAAUUGAACAAAACUUUAUAGAUAUUUUAGAAUCUGAACUCAAUCCUUAUUUCGAGACAAUUUGUCCAUCUGGAGAAACUUGCACGGCAAGUAGUAUCGCAAUAACCUGUGGACCAAUAUCGAAAAGAAAGAAAAGAUCACUCUCUUGGGAAUUUAGAAAUGAAGGGAUACGUGUACAAAAAAAAUACGAUGAAGAACGUACACGAGAACACAUCAUACGGAAGCGAUCAACUUACACUCAUUUGCUCAUUUUAGAGUUUUAUAUUGUCAUGGAAUUCAAAUUUGGCAAUUCAUCGCUGCAAGAUGCGAUUCUUGUAUAUGAUGAUGUGCAGCUGAAUAUUUUGAAACCUGCAUUCCAAGAAAUGAUCAACAACGGAACAUUUGAUCUUCAAGGUUUCGUGCUCGAAUCUGAUUCAUUUCAGACAGCGAGUUAUGGAGAUAUAACUUGUGAUCCCGGGUAUAUGCUGGAUCGCACAACAUGUAAACCGUGUCCUUUGGGGUAUUUCGUGAACGAAACUACGAGCAAGUGUGACCUUUGCCCUGUCGGCCAGUACAAGGAUAAUGAGAGUGACGCUUCCUGUAAUUCCUGUCCCACUGGGUAUACGACAAAGACAACUGGGUCGAAGACAAUGGCCGACUGUAACAAACAAUGCAGUCCUGGUUCGUACUCUCCAAAUACCGUUGAGAAUUGCUCCGCCUGUCGCCAUGGUUACUACCAAGACGAAUAUGGUCAAACGUCGUGUAAAGCUUGUCCGUCUGGCACAACAACAGAGUCAACGAACAGCACCUCUGUCAAUGAUUGCAAAAACUAUGACGUUUUCCUUGAAACAACAAACGGUGGUGUGACAGUAUCGACGUUCCCUGGAACUUUGAGCGAUAUCACCUUUAUGUUUUGGUCAAAACGGUUCGACGAACGGAGUUCUAAUGCAGUGCUACGAUUUGUUAAUGGAGGAACAACACUUUUCAACGUGUACCUGACUGAAAAUAUCCGAGUAGAAAUUCCAUCACAGCUGGACGAAAUUGUCGGUUCACACAGCAGUUCUUCCUGGAAUCACGUGACAAUCACCUGGGAUACAGCAAACACUAAUGUAACGGUCUAUCUUGGUGGUGAAUCUGUUUAUACAACAGACUCUGCCUCAGCGCCUAGUACGCCUUUGUUAGAUAAUGGAGCUUUUGUAGUGACAACUACUGGACAAACAGGUGUUUAUUUGACGGGUUUGCAUCUGCUCGGAAAUGUUUUGACUGAAACGGACAUUGCAAACCAUGCCACGUCAUGCCACAUAACAGAAAAUGAUGACGUUAUUAACAUUGGUGUAUUCGACGACGACUCCAGUGAACAAGGGAUAUCACUCAUCGCUGCCUCUAGCUGUUAUGCAACUGACGCAUGUUUGUCAUCGCCAUGUAACGGUCACAUCUGCACAAAUGGACAAGAUGGUUUUACAUGCACCUGUCAGAGCGGUUGGUCUGGCACGACGUGUACAAUACAGCCAGACUUUUGUAUUGACAAUGGUUGCGAAAAUAGUGCAACGUGUUUUAGUGGAGACACAAACUACACGUGCACUUGUUUGCCUGGAUACAGCGGGAUGUUUUGUGAAGUUCCACCAGUGGAUGGUGGCUGGUCAGAAUGGAAGGUAUCCGAAUGUUCAAAAUCUUGUGGAACUGGUACAAUGAACCGAACACGCCAGUGUGACAGCCCACCACCAGAUACAUACGGUGCUGACUGCAUAGGAGAUCAAAUGGAAAUAACACCUUGUAAUGUUGAAGAGUGCCCAGUUUGCAAAGAAUUCGAGAUAAAAUAUGGAACCUUGCUUAAUUGUACCACGGACCAAACGACGGGGAGUGAGACGUGUGUAUUAUACUGUAAGAAUGGUAAAUUUCUACCACCUGGAUUACAGGGCUUCCAGACGUACACGUGUGGGCCGGAUACUAAUUAUGUCUGGGAUUCUUUGGAGAAUCCUCCAAAUUGUGUUGAUCCAGUUGGUCUCGAUAACGUAAACAUCACAGUCAAUGUGGACUAUACGUCAGCAAUUACUGGCAAUGCUAUUGCUUUAUUUGAGGAUGUCCUUCGUAGUCAGGUAUCAUCUGUAGCCUGCUAUAACUCCCCUAACUGCCAGACAACUGUAGAAGUAGAACAAUCCAGUAUGUCCCUUACUUUCAGCAUUCCACUUCACCUCGGGCCAGACAUACAGUACGAAAAUUACAUUUCAACCGUUAAAGCAAAUGAUGCCCUGCAAGAACUAACUGACGCAAUAACAUAUCUUGAAUCAACCGCCCAGCAUAUAAAGAAUCACACUAAUGAGAUAUUUGACGUCAACGUUGAAGGGGUGACAUAUAAUCCUGACGUCAACAGUCUAACGAUUAGUCCAGGAGUAACAUGUAACAGCGGUUUUGUUGUUUUGGACGGUGUUUGCGUCGGAUGUCCGUCUGGUACGUACGCAGCCAAUGGAGUGUGCAACUUUUGUGAGAAGGGGACAUAUCAAUCAAACAUGGGGCAGACAUCUUGUUUACCAUGCCUGGAUAAUCUAACAACAAAGACAUUGGGUUCAUCAGAUAUUUCUCAAUGUACAGGAACGAUUGCAACCAGUACAAGUGAGAAACCUGGUGAUAAGCAUGAUGACAAAGAUAAGAGCACAGUGUAUUUACCGAUUGUUAUAUCGAUAGUAGCCCUUCUUGUGGCUCUGGCCACAUUUGCUGUCGUCUGGUACAAGAUAAUCAGACCAAAAGCAAAAGUGAAUGGGUCGCCUCCAAACUUAAGAACGGAGACUGCUCGCUCUGGGUUUCCCAGGGUGUACACUAGGACUCCGGGCCCUAGAACUCCAAGCAGCAUCACAUCAUUGACAGACUGUGAUGAUGACUUCAUGAGAGGGAGUGAUGUUUGUCAAACGCCUGGUGUACGAUUACAUCACGUUAGAAUGCCUUCUACUCACAGUGGUUACCUAACACCCGCAGCCGUCCAUGUUGAAUGCAAAAGUCCACCUCCACCAUACCACCCACCACCUUUACCGGAGUAUUCAGAAAAGGACGAAACUCUUAAUAACAGCAUAUAUGACACAAUAAAUGAAAAUCCUCCACAGAAACUGAAGUAUUAAGCUAUAUAAUGCUGACUUGCCACUGGAGUAAAUCCUUGUAUGUUAAGUUAAAUCCAUACAAUGAUCAUAUAUACACCAAAUUUAUGAAGUGUAUAAAAACUGGAGAUAAGAAUCAACAAAUCAUUAUAACUCAUAUCAUGUGUUAUAUAUUGCUGAUUUAGAGGUGAUCAAAAAGUAUUGUGAGUUGUUCGGUUAUUAUAAAUUGUCAUAACAUUCUACUACCAAAUAUUGCAUUAGAAAUUGCCCCAAGAAUGGCUUUUUAAAAGUAACACUUUUUGCUUGAAAAUAAAAAUAGAAGAAAAAAAAUGUGUGCUGAGCAGAUCCAAAUUCGAUUUUAGUCUAAAGGUACUUUUCAAUUACCAAAGAGAUUACAUUUAAUACAUCUAUAUUUAAUACAUUUUCAUCUAGAUUCUACUUUUCACUGAGUUCAAAUUUGAAACAUUGUGUAAAAUGUUGUAUAAACACAAUACAGGAAAGAUAACAAAAACAUCCGUACAGAAAUGCUCCAGGUUUCAUUCUUGUAGAAGAAAAAUACCAGGUAAUUAUUAUUUUUUUAUUUUGAAAAUGUUUUCUGUGCUAACACGUAUAUAUUUCAAAUAUAACAUUUAAAACACUUAACAAAUAUUUGAUAUUAAAGGAAUCUCAAUAAAUUCUACAAA